AUUGGCUACGCUAUUUCACUAUUUUGAAUUCUGCACAUGUUUGUUAAUGGAAACGAUGGAAAUUGUUGAACUUCUCAAUAAAACGAACAAAGACUACCUUAGAUCAGAUCUCGACAAAAGGUUAAUGCUAAGAUCACUAUUUAUGCAAGUUUUGGCAGGAGAUAGUAUUAAUUUGUGGGAAGAUUUAUACUCUUUUGUGACUACAAACUUGGAUUUUGUGCAAUCAGUAAAAGAUGAGGCUGAGUUCAGAUAUUUCGCCAAUCGAUCUAUGAGGAAUCUUCAAAUUUCACUUGAUAACCAAUCAGGAGAUAGAUCGUCAAACUCAACAUUACGUUUAAGAACUAUUUUUGUUGAACUUUCUGAAAUGUUUUCGUACGUGUUAACUACAUGCUCCACAGAAUCGAAUAUGGUGUACGAUAGUGAAUCUGUCACUAUUCCACUUUUACCUUCAUGGUACUGCGGUAUCAGUAAUUUUCAAGACGAGAAAUCAAUUUCUGUCGAUAGCAGUAAAACAAAGAGUAUUCAAAGUUCAUUAUUUAGUUUGUUAGGACAGGAAGAUCAUUCAUGGGAAAAUCUUUUACAAAAAAUUCCAUUCCGUAACUCGAAAUACAGAGCAUUUAAUGAAUACAUAAAGAAUUUGUCAAGUAAUAAAUCCGAAACAUCUUCAAAAGAAAUUGAGAAUAUGCGCCCAAAUAAUGGUUUUGAUGCAAUCGUCUACUUUUCAGUCUGCAGAAAAAUAGGAGUUUAUGAGUUUAUGUACUUCACCAGAAAAAACCUCGAGAGCAGAAAUAUAUCACCAUAUGAUCUAGAACCUAUUUUAAGACCAAGGAAUGAUGAACCACAUUAUAUAUUCAGUACAUUCGGUAUACUGGUCGCGACUGGAACUGAACAGGAGCAUUUAAGUCUCACAGAAUGGUUUUCAGAAGCAGUUUUAUGCGAAGCUUUAAAGAAAAAUCCCACAUUUUUGCUACCUUUCAGCUUGGAAACCCUUUUUCACCUGGCGUCAAAUUACGAGAAGAAGAAAAUUCAAACGGAUACGUAA